AUGUCAGAAGUCACCAAAACCCUCCACCGAAAGGUUUACCCGGCUAUAGAUGCAGCUUCGCCGGAGCAAUCACAAGCUGGCCGCAAGAUCCUCAUUACCGGCGGAUCUGCAGUCAUUGGGCGAGCUGCUGCCGAAGCCUUCGUCACCGCGGGUGCAGACACCGUCGUUAUUACCUCCAGGUCUGCCGAGAAGGCGAAGAGUGUUGCCAAGGAGAUUGAGACUGCAGGGAACGGCAGCACCAAAGUGGUUGGGUACCAGUAUGAGAUCAAAGAUAUCGACUCGGUGAAAGCACUCUGGGACCAGCUGGAACUCGACGGUAUUCAGAUUGAUGUUCUAGUGUUGAAUACAACGGAUCUUACUCCGUCUUCCCCGGAGCCUGACCAAACUUUGUUCGGAUUGUUCAAAUUUUUCGAGUCCGGAGUGAGAAACCAAUCAGUGAACGUUGACCGGUUCCAGCGACAGGGGGCUAAGGAAGGCAAGGCACUUAUAUACGUGUCUACGAACGCGACUCAUUUCCACGGCCUUCCCCUUCAUUACACGGCCGCAAGCUCCCCACGUCUUGCAUUCAAUCGUAUGCUGUCAGAUCUGGCAGCCAAUACCCCUGUAGAACAAGUGCAGAUCCUGAGCAUCCACCCCGGCUUUGUCCUUACUCCUGAAAACAUGAAACAUGGCUACAAAGCAGACAGCCUGGGGGUUCCAUUCGACGAGGCGAGCCUGCCUGGCAAUUUUUUCGUUUGGGCUGCCACGAAAAAAGCUGCGUUCCUGCAUGGGCGUUUUGUGUGGGCGAACUGGGAUGUCGAGGAGCUGAUCUCCAUGAAGGAUAAGUUUGAGGCUGACCCUGGAUUUCUGAGAGCAGGCUUGCAGGGAGUAAAGUCCCAAGAUUUUGGCAUGCUUAUUUCUGGGAUGGCACGCUCUGUGUAA